UCAACCGUCCGACGACGACGACGUUUUUAUUAAUAAAUUUUUUACUCGUACGGGUUUAUCCGAAAAUAUAAUAAUAUUAUUAGUAUUAUCAGUUGAGUGGCUGCCCUUCGUUGACCUCCGUGAGGAAUAAUCAAUAUUACAGUUGAAGCCGCCACACAUUUCUCGGCGGGUGUUCUGGCGUUUCUCGGCGAGCAGUUGCGGCUUGAACGCGAAAGCGGGAACAACAGAUGGAGCAAGCACUCUAGACCGAAUCAUUUCGAAAACGGCGGAACCCCCAACUUUUUUUUUCGUUGUUUCUGUUUCGUCCCGGUGAGCAUGGACGAGCUGCAGCAGACCUCCGGCAAGCAUCCGAAGAGGUCCGGCCAAAAUGGCAUUGUACAGCCACUCCUUACAGAUCUUUAUCAAAUAACCAUGGCUUAUGCUUACUGGAAGUCCGGCAAGACCAAGGACCAUUCCGUUUUUGAUUUGUUUUUUCGGAAAAAUCCUUUUCAAGGGGAGUUCACCAUUUUUGGUGGUCUUGAGGAGUGUUUGAAGUUUUUGGAGAAGUUUCAUUACUCAGUUAGUGACAUUGAGUACUUGAGAGAAACUUUACCUCCUUCCAUAGAAGAUGAAUUUUUUACUUUCCUCAGUACGGUCUCCGCCAAAGACGUACGACUAUACGCAAUACAAGAAGGCUCAAUAGCCUUUCCAAGAGUACCUUUAAUGAGAAUUGAGGGGCCUUUAAUCAUAGUACAAUUGUUAGAAACUACACUGCUCACGUUAGUAAAUUACGCAAGUUUAAUGUCCACAAACGCAGCAAGAUACAGGAUGGCAGCGGGCAACAUGAAACUGUUCGAAUUUGGAUUGAGAAGAGCCCAAGGACCUGACGGGGGACUUUCCGCUUCCAAGUACUCGUACAUUGGUGGAUUCGAUGGUACCAGUAACGUUCUAGCUGGCAAACUCUUCAACAUACCAGUCAAAGGAACCCACGCUCACGCUUACAUAACGUCCUUCAACGGUUUUUCGGAGCUACGCAACACAUAUUUAGAGCCGAAGGGCGGCGGCUACGCCAGAGAUUUGCUGCAGCUAAGCCUGACCCACAGAACGAAUCUGGUACCGAUAUUUAACGUGGUAGAAUCGGAGGCGAACGAUGGAGAGAUGGCGGCGCUGGUGUCGUUCGCCAUAGCCUUCCCCGAUGGCUUUAUGACUUUAGUAGACACAUAUGACGUUAAGAGGUAUUCCUGCUCUACGAAUAAUCUGUACAAAGUCACUUCAAACACUCAAACGCAUAACGAGUACAGGUCGGGUCUUCUGAAUUUCUGUGCCGUCGCUUUAGCUUUAAACGAUUUAGGAUACAGAGCAAUUGGUAUACGUCUAGACAGUGGUGAUUUGGCUUACCUGUCCAAUGUGGCAAGACAAUUUUUCUACGAAAUCAGCGAUAAGUACAACAUACCUUGGUUCGCGAAUUUGACCAUAAUGGCUUCGAACGACAUUAAUGAAGAAACCAUACUGAGUCUCAACGAACAAGGUCAUAAAAUUAAUUGCUUUGGUAUUGGGACCCAUUUGGUGACCUGCCAGAGACAGCCAUCUUUGGGUUGCGUUUAUAAGAUGGUGGAGCUGAACGGCCAACCCAGAAUUAAGUUAAGCCAGGACGUCGGAAAGGUAACGAUGCCCGGUAGGAAAGAUGCCUAUAGACUUUACAGUGACAGUGGACACGCACUCGUGGAUCUGCUUCAAAGAUCAAUUGAAUCGUCCCCUGAAGUAAAUCAAAAAGUAUUAUGCAGACAUCCGUUCGAGGAGUCUAAAAGGGCUUACGUUAUACCUACGAGGGUGGAGAAGUUGUUAAAUUUAUACUGGGAGGAUGGGAAAAUUUGCCAGGAGUUACCCAAUUUGCAACAAAUCAAAGAGAGGGUGAAAGCCUCCCUUAAAACUUUGAGGCCUGACAUCAAGAGAACAUUAAAUCCAACACCAUACAAGGUCGCCGUUAGUGACAAACUUUAUGCUUUUCUACAUGAACAAUGGUUGAAAAAUGCUCCAAUUGGAGAACUGUCCUAAUGAAACUAUAGUACAAAAUUACAUAACUCCGAGAUUUUUAUCUAUAGAUGGAAAGAUGGAUGUUGAUGUUGACCAUAAAAUGUUUAGAUGAGGUUAUGAAGAGGAAUAUUUAUUUUUAUAUCACAGCAUAACAGCAAUACACAACAAGCUUUAUUAAACGUCGGUUUUUUAAUUUUUUACAUAUCAAAAUGAAGAUGUGUAUAAAUAGGAAAUAGAUAUACGAAAGUUGGAAUAUUAUUUGGCUGUGAACUGAUUUCAUUCUUCAAGUAUUGAACAUUUUAACUUGCACAUCUCACAUUCAUGUACUGCGAAAAAUUAGUGCCUUUAAAAUAUUCAAUGCUUUUAGAUAAAUAAACGAUUAAAUAUUA